UGGGUGAGACUGUACUGAAGACGGCCACGAGAAGACAUUAGGCGUUGUUGUGGAUACCCGCAUUAUCCCGUGUAUAUCGUUACCCCCUUAUCAAGAUCGGGGGAAGGGGUCACCAAGAACACCUGGACUUUACCUGGAUACUCAGGUGUGAGAGAUAUACCUUAAUUACUGCUAGGAGACUAGAAUAAGGAACUUUCCUUUGAGGUCGAGUGUAGCUAUGUUGUGACGAAUACACAGUGACAGUGUUGAAGCCUGACUCGGGUUGAAGGUAUUCGCAGCAAGACUCACUGGGGAUCGUCAAGUGAUUCCUUCAUGGAUGGUGUGUAACAUAGCAAAAUGUUUUGGGUUAAAAUGAAACGUUUUGGAUAACAUCUUCGACAGAGAUACGUGGAACUUGAAUUCGUUUUGUGUGACAAGGAUUUUCAACUGCCAAAUACAAACAGAGUUACAAGACAUUACUUAAACGUUCUACAAAAAUCCAUCUUACAUUUCCGGUUCCGGUUUAGCAAUGGCGGAUCCGGUUGUUAGUUCCCGGUUUGGACAACGUCCGAUCUUAGAGGUUCCCGCUCUAGAAGUGUUCAACACAAACAAAAUGGUAGGCUCGUUACAAGACGACAACCCACGAUCUCAUCCGACGUUCGGGCGAACCGGGUACACGGCUCCACAGCCCGACUACAGCCGUUACAACCACAUACCCCCGUACCCGUACCCGAACAUCCCAAGCGGACAUGCUCCACCCAUACCGUCGUACUUUGGAAUUAACCAUCAUGCACCGCGACAAGUUCAAACAGUUCCGGCGUACAGCCAGCAACCGGACACCCGUUUUUACACGUAUGGACCAUACGGGGAGGUGAGGGGAGGCUCGGUUCAACCCACGUACUAUAACCCCUACCCUGGGGUGCAGAGCCCGUAUUAUGUACCCCCACCCCCUCCUCCACCACCCGUACCCCCACCGCCAAUGGCUCAUCACGUGACUGACGAGAGUUUCUUCAUGGGGGUGUUGGAGUUUGGCCGGCUUGUAACAGUGCAUCUGAAAAGGUCUUCAAGGGAUUUUACAGGGUUACCGGAUUUUAUGAAACGAGAGUUGAAAGCAACGUACGGGAAGUAUCCCAAAACUGACAUUCGGAUUACAUCGGAUAAAGGCGAGUACCACAUCUACGCCAAGCCGCAGGGGUAUGCUGAUGACGCCGACUACCCCAGGGCGUUCCGGACCCCGGCUAAAUUCGAGCAAGAAGCACAUACCCGCAGUUAUCGACCCCGGGAUGUUGAGAGAUGGUAUGACUGGGACCCACAGAACAGGCGGGAUGAUGAUGAUUAUUUUGAAUGAAGCAAAACCAGGAACUACAUCAUUGUGCAGGUCCAGAUAUGGGACAUUGGGUAGCAUGGUGUACCAUCGGGUGACUCAAAUGGAAAUUCUGUCAAAUGGAACCUAGUGGUUAAAGCCUUCGCUUGUCACCCGGAAAGUCCGGUCUUGAUUCCCUUCAUCGGUACUAUUUGUGAAGCCUAUUUCUGGUGUCCCCCACCGUGAUGUUGCUGGAAUAUUGCGUAUAAAAAGCUGCGUAAAACCCGACUCACUCACCGAUAACCGCCGUACUGUGUGUGUGUUUAGCAGUGACAGUGUUCCUCUGCUGUUUCCUAAACUUGUUUUUUUUAAUAAAGGGGGAAUUACCUUCAUGCUUAUAUCUAAUACAGUAGAACAUUUCGGAGACAGAAUAAAUAGUUUGUUGACUCAGAUACAAGCAUUUCAGACAUUCUUGUCACACGUCAGUCUGAUGACGGAGCAGUGAGUAGACAUUUACUGGGCACGCCAUUUUAUACAAGAACAUCAGAGCAUAUAAAUAUUAAGCAAGCGUUGGGUUGUCAUGGUGGUUAAAACGUUCGCUCGUCAAUGUCGAAGACCCAAUUCCAGGGUUCCGCUCCCCACAUGGGUUGUCACCAGGUAAAGCCAAUUUCUGGGGUUUCCAGGACUCAUAUUCCUUGCUAAAGGUGGCGCAAAACGACAUUCUCUCACCAAACAGGCUCUCGUCUACACCUGUUUGGGUUAGUUAUGCCCUAUAUAUGUUAUGAACAUUAUUAUGUCUGCUUAGAUGCCAAUAUGCUUUGGCUUGUAUAUGUAUGUAACCAGAUGGAUUGUAACAUAUAUUAAAAUGGUGUUUCUCGUA